GGUGUGAUGGGGGAGUCUGUAAUGAUGAUGGAACAUGUGGUACAUUUAAAGCAAACUUCGAAGGAACAAAAUGCGAGACGUGUAUACAUGGAAAAUUUGGUUCAAGUUGUACACAAUAUUGCAUUAAUCAGAACUGCCGAUGUUCGACUGGAACUGAUUGUACUUCUUGUAAAACGGGGUUCUACGACAGAAAUACCUUCUGUCAAACAGCUUGUUCCCCGGGAUGUCAGGAUGGCGUUUGUAAUGAUGACGGAAGUUGCAAUUGUCGAGCUGAGUUCAUGGGAAAUACAUGCAGUGAAUGCCAGUCAGGAUUUUAUGGGGCAUACUGCAAUGUUUCAUGUUCUGUAGGAUGUGUAAAUGGAUUGUGCUCAAAAGAUGGUUCUUGUGAAUGUCGCCCAAACUUUGUUACAGCGAAAUGUGAUACGUGUGCGGAUGAAAGUUACGGUGAUAACUGUAACGAGAUUUGCAGCGUAGGAUGUAUUACAUCGUCCUGUGACAGAAGAAAUGGUUUUGUAAAUGUCUUCCUAACUUUUCUGGCGAUCAAUGCGACCAAUGCAAAUCAGGCUUUUUCGAACAAUCAUGUAACUUACAUUGCUCUGAAAAUUGCAAAGCAUACACAUGCACACGAUACCAGGGGAAGUGCACACUUGGUUGUGUUGAAAGUUUUUCGGGUGACAAUUGCACAACGCCUUGUGACAAAACAUGCGCAACAUGUCUACAACAUGAUAAAUCAUACUGCAGUACAUGCCGAAAUGGAUACAGUGGAUCAACCUGUCGAUGUCCACCCAGCUGCAAUUGUGACUCUGCAUCUGAAAUAUGCACUGAAUGUAAAGAUGGGUACACCAACCCUGAAAAGGAAUGCAAGUGUCAGGCACAAUAUUGCAUCGGAACCAAGUGUGAUCAAUGUAUUAACCAAACGUUUUAUGUUGAUAACAGCGCGUGCUGUGAUUGUCCGAAUAAUUGCAAAGAUGGUACAUGCGAACGUGGACCUACAUGUAUUUCUGGCUGUAUUGACGGAUUUUACGGCUUUGAUUGUUCUCAAAGUUGUUUGUCCCUGAGUGCAGACUGUUUAAGAUGUACUCAGAUGUAUGGUAAGUGUCUCGAAUGUAACGAUGGCUUUUACCCUAACGGCAAUGGAAGCUGCAUGAGCUGCAGCAGUAACUGUAAGAAUGGGCAGUGCAAUACUGAGACUGGCGCAUGUAUCAAUGGAUGCACUGAUAGAUUUUGGGGAGACAAGUGCGAUAUUCCGUGUGAUCCAAAUUGUGAUACUUGUCAACUAGAUUCAGGAAUCUGUUUGUCUUGUAAAAACACAACUUACCAUGGACUUUCUUGUAGCGAAUCAUGUAGCACCUCGUGUUUGGAAAGCAAAUGCGAACAAAAUACUGGUUAUUGUUCCAUUGGUUGCUCCAGAAAUUCUUUUGGAAAUAUGUGUGAUAUUAAAUGCCCUGAAAAUUGUCAGCAAGGGGAUUCAAAAACGAGCUGUAAUAUCGAUGGCGACUGUCUAAAUGGCUGCAUCCAUGACCUUGGAGGCAAAGAUUGUUCAGAAAGACGAAUUUACAUUGGUUCUCCCACAAAUGUUGCAACCGCAGCUUUAUCUGGAGUUUUGGGCAUUUUGCUUAUAUGUGCAGUUGUCGGUGUUUACCUUUGGAACAGACGAAGGUCUACACCACCAGUUUCAGAACAGGAAGAUCAUCGUGAAACCGAAAUGUCCUAUGAACAGCUUCAAAGACAGGCAAACGAACCAAUAUACAAGAAUGUUGACGAAAAUUAUUCCGUUCUUUCACUGUAGACAUUCGAAGCACUGUCACAAUGUAUUUGUGUGAGAUUAGAGGUGUUACAACAGUUUUCAUUUUUUUUAUUCUGAAACUAGAACA